AUGUCAGGCCCUCGUACACGCUGCAUCAUCGUCCGUGCUGACAUCAUCGCCCUCGUACACGCUGCGUCAUCAUCAGUGCUGACAUCAUCGCCCCUCUUGGCUGGCAGCCCCAUCCAUCCCAGCAAUGCCAAGAGCUCAGUAGUGGGCUCUGCCGGGACUGCAACCAGUCUCAAGAAGAAGCCCAUUGGACCCCGGAGUGAGCCAAUUAACAGCCAGUACCCAGUGCCCAAGGUCACCCGUGCAACGUUAGUGCACCAGAACCCAGCCAGAGGCCCAGGACACAGGACAGGCCCAGGCCCCCAGGCCCAGACCCCCAGGCCCAGGCCCCCAGACCCAGACCCAGGCCCCCAGGCCCAGACCCCCAGGCCCAGGCCCCCAGACCCAGGCCCCCAGACCCAGGCCCAGGUCCCCCAGACCCAGACCCCCAGACCCAGGCCCCCAGACCCAGACCCAGGCCCCCAGGCCCAGACCCCCAGGCCCAGGCCCCCAGACCCAGGCCCCCAGACCCAGGCCCAGGUCCCCCAGACCCAGACCCCCAGACCCAGGCCCCCAGGCCCAGGCCCCCAGACCCAGGCCCCCAGGCCCAGACCCAGGCCCCCAGGCCCAGGCCCCCAGACCCAGGCCCCCAGACCCAGGCCCAGGCCCAGGCCCCCAGGCCCAGACCCAGGCCCCCAGGCCCAGGCCCCCAGACCCAGGCCCCCAGGCCCAGACCCAGGCCCCCAGGCCCAGGCCCCCAGACCCAGGCCCCCAGGCCCCCAGGCCCAGACCCAGGCCCCCAGACCCAGGCCCCCAGGCCCCCAGGCCCAGACCCAGGCCCCCAGACCCAGGCCCCCAGGCCCAGACCCAGGACCCCAGACCCAGGCCCCCAGACCCAGGCCCAGGCCCCCAGACCCAGGCCCCCAGACCCAGACCCAGACCCAGACCCAGGCCCAGGCCCCCAGACCCAGGUCCCCAGACCCAGGCCCCCAGACCCAGGCACAGGUCCCCAGGCCCAGGCCCCCAGACCCAGGCACAGGUCCCCAGGCCCAGGCCCCCAGACCCAGGUCCCCAGACCCAGGCCCCCAGACCCAGGCCCCCAGACCCAGGCACAGGUCCCCAGGCCCAGGCCCCCAGACCCAGGACCCCAGACCCAGGCACAGGUCCCCAGGCCCAGGCCCCCAGACCCAGGCCCCCAGACCCAGGUCCCCAGACCCAGGCACAGGUCCCCAGGCCCAGGCCCCCAGGCCCAGGCCCCCAGACCCAGGCACAGGUCCCCAGGCCCAGGCCCCCAGACCCAGGCACAGGCCCCCAGGCCCAGGUCCCCAGACCCAGGCACAGGUCCCCAGGCACAGACCCCCAGACCCAGGCCCCCAGACCCAGGCCCAGACCCCCAGACCCAGGCCCCCAGACCCAGGCCCCCAGACCCAGGCCCAGACCCCCAGACCCAGGCCCCCAGACCCAGGCCCCCAGACCCAGGCACAGGUCCCCAGGCCCAGGCCCCCAGGCCCAGGCCCCCAGACCCAGGCACAGGUCCCCAGGCCCAGGCCCCCAGACCCAGGCACAGGCCCCCAGGCCCAGGUCCCCAGACCCAGGCACAGGUCCCCAGGCCCAGGCCCCCAGACCCAGGCCCCCAGACCCAGGCACAGACCCCCAGACCCAGGCCCCCAGACCCAGGCCCAGACCCCCAGACCCAGGCCCCCAGACCCAGGCCCCCAGACCCAGGCACAGACCCCCAGACCCAGGCCCCCAGACCCAGGCACAGACCCCCAGACCCAGGCCCCCAGACCCAGGCCCAGACCCCCAGACCCAGGCCCCCAGACCCAGGCCCCCAGACCCAGGCCCAGACCCCCAGACCCAGGCCCCCAGACCCAGGCCCCCAGGCCCAGGCCCCCAGACCCAGGCCCAGACCCCCAGGCCCAGGCCCCCAGACCCAGGCCCAGACCCCCAGACCCAGGCCCCCAGGCCCAGGCCCCCAGACCCAGGCCCCCAGGCCCAGGCCCCCAGACCCAGGCCCAGACCCCCAGGCCCAGACCCCCAGACCCAGGCCCCCAGACCCAGGCCCCCAGGCCCAUACUGAUGUGUAAUUGCUGGUUAAUUUCAAUGAAUGAGAAAAUAUGCAGAACUGGAGAGAUUGGUCGCGAUAGGAUUAUCAGAUUUUCAGAAGUGAAAACCAAGACAUCCUGA